UGAAAGAGAAAUGGAAUUUUGUAAAGCUCUUUGAAUCUCUUUUGGAGAUGACAGUGGCAUCCUUUUAAAUCCACAGGUAAUAAAGUCACAUGUUUGAAGUUGAGUCAGAUCAAAGUAAAAUACCGAAAAAUCAGCAUGCCACUUCCACACGGGAAUGAACAUGCCAUUGAUCUGACUGAAUCUCCUGAAACAUGGACUGAAGUGCUGGAAGGCUCAUCUGAUGGACUGGCACUCCAGGGAAUUUUUUUGACAGGCAAGCCUGAACACCUAUUGAAGAGACGAUUAAAAAUGAUAAAUGUACCCAACAAAUGCAGGUGGUCAUAUCAUGAAAAUGAAGCAUUUGAUUUGUUUAAAUUUUUUGACUCUCACACCCAGGAACAAAUGGCUGCCAAGCUGAUUGAGAAUGGAGGAUACAGCGUUUAUCAGGAAAUGGUAGCAGAUUUAGACGCUGCUAGUUCUCCUUCCUAUUAUGAGGACCUCAGGUCAGGUUCCACAAAGGAGGAAGAUAUGUCAUACAUGUGUGAGUGGAAGAGAUGUUUCAUCCCAGUUGCAACAUGCACCUUCACGUGGCACAACCUCUUUCUUUCUAGCACAGUGAUAACUGACCUGAAGAAGCUGGAAUCACUAAUCGGAGAAGAGCAAAACAAGCAAUGCAAGACAAUCUUGAAAAAGUAUGGCUCACAUGCCAACACAACAUGCACAUUUGGAGGGGCUACCUGGAUGAAAGUAGAAAGUACUCAAUUCUCAGAAGAGGAGAUAGAAAUGCAGAGGCAGCUGGUGGAGGAAAUAAUAGAUGGGGAGGAUUAUUUCUUGCAUAACACGAAUCUUUCCAAGGAUCCAUCAACAUAUGAAAAUCAACUUGUUAGCAAGUAUGAUGAGCACAUUCUGAAAAAUCUGACAUUCUAUUUUCAGACAGAGGGUGGGCCAUCAGACUCACCCUCACUGGACCACUGGCGAGCUGAACUCUUGUCCACAAGCAGAUCCUGGAAGCUGAUUGACCGUGGGCGUCAACAUCAUUUUAUUCCCAUGUGGACUAUUAUGGUAUGGAACCACAGGGAAGAUUUUAAAGACUAUGAAAAAGUAGCCAACACAAUCAAAAGAUACUGGGAAAAAGAAACCGGCUUAGAAGAUAGGGGCCUUGAAGUGGAGAGUCUGAUGAAAGCAGAAACGAUUGUUCAUGAUAUACUUGAAAGAGCUAAAGAAUGGACUGGGAAUUUUAGUGAAACCUUCAGUGAGAAGUGCACAGAGUACAUUACUGAAUGCCUGAAAGCAUACUUUCAAGUGAAAAUGCUCCAGGGCACAGAUUCUGACUAUUAUUGGUACCAAAAUGUUAUCUGUAACAAGGACAUGCAAGCGUUUCUUAAAUGGCUAGCAUACAGCAUUGAAAACUCACAAUUGACAUCAUCCCAUAAGACUGCCCUAUUAGAGCAGGUGCUCAAUCUAUUUGGGAAGCACCCCAUGUCAGACAGGUCAAGCUUUCCGGGUAUCGAUGUAGUUCUGUCCAUAAUUACAAAAUACUUAUCUCAGUCAAUUCCAGGAGAGCUUGAAAGCUUCCAAAGUGUAAAGCUCCUAUUUUCCAAAAUCCGAAAACAGGCUUCUGAAGUUGAUCCUCAAAAAAAAGGUGCCCAGGAGAUGUUCAUGUAUGUUGCCUGCAUUUUGCUUCUGAGGCUCAAGGAACUUGUUGAAGGGAUAGGUCAGCAAUCCCUUAAGCCUCUAAUCACUGCUCUUUUUUACCCUUAUAUUGCAAGUGGUGAGGUUCUUCAGAAGAAGGGACUAUCACAAAGUGAGUGGCAAUCAAUUGCCGAGAGAUUCCAAAAACUUGGCAGCUAUCUAGAUGAGCACGAGACAAAUGAACAAAUUCAGACUCUUGUCUUUGUAACAGCUCUAACUGGUGCUGGGGAGGAUUUGAAUUCACCUGACAAAAGAGAGGAGAUGACAGGUCUUCUAAAAGCUUUGGUGGAAGAGAUGGGACCAGACCUGUGUCCUACACUUCAUAAAGUGGUCCUUGAUGCAAAUGGAAACGUAAACCAGGAUUAUAAGGGGCUGUUAGAAAAUAUCACAUCAAUUAGGGAAGAGAACAGUGUCAGAAAAGAGAUGUGGCAGAGGAAAUCAAAUGAAAUUGUGCAGCUGGUUUUUCAAUCUAAACACAAAGCACCUCAAAUACAGCAACAAAGAGUGGUGAAGAAAAACAACAUUAUAGAAUGUCUAGAUUUAGAAAAAUACUGUGAAACAAAGCUCUCCAUUACUGACAUUAAGAUGGUGGGUUCACUCACUUUGCUCUCAAGCAGACCUUCAAGAUUCAGUGAUGUACCCUGGUAUUUUAUUCAAAAGUUAACAAUGGUGCAUUCAGAUGCUAUCAAAGUGAAAUGUGAAGAAGGUGAAACAUCUGCUAAAUUAGCAUCGCAAACACAGCCUUCUGAAAGAGAUCUGGAAGACUUGUUUCUAACUGAAUCAGAAAACCUUACUGUGCUCAACCCACUGGAUGUGAUACUGGCUGUGUUCAUGUGUUCUGACAUGUUUGUGCAGCAGGAGCUUGCUUUAAAAAUGUCAAUGUGCCAAUAUGCUGUGCCCAUACUGCUUCCAAGUUGUGGGAAACAGGGUUUAUUUCUCCUCUGGGGACUGAGAUCUAUUGUGAAAAAAUGGCACCAGAAGUCACUCAAUGGAUCCAGUUGUACUAUUGAACAGGGCAUAGCAACACACCCAAUGCACACAGUGACAUUUAUCAGAUUUGGAAAGCUUCAGUCUUCAAAGUCAGCCUUCCUCAAUUGUCUUUUGAGCACUUCUCAUAAUUCUCACAGUUUCUUUGUACAUUCAGAAAUGGAAGGUGGAGAAAUCAGUAGGCAGAUUUCCAAUGGUUUGGUUGAGCUUAGCUGGUAUUUGCCAAGUGGAAAUGAAAAUCUUGAUGUUUUCCAUGUUCCUUUUGCAAUUAUGAAUCUCCGAGGUGAUGCUAUGUCUUUUCCCAUGCAUGUUAAGCUACUUGCAAGUGUAUCAUCUGUGCUGUUUGUUUUUGUGGACAACAUUGGAGAUGAAGAGGAGGAAAUGAUUGCCAACCUAACUUCAAAGGUAAAAUUGUUUCUGUUGCUAAACCCACAAACAGACAAGAUGGCUGCAAUCAAGCAAAGGCUUGUCCAUUUAAAUUCAACAUACAAUAUGAAAGCAAGUCAAAUUUUGCUGCGGAUGAAGAAAAAUAAAAAUGAAUAUGUCUCUGAGGUACAUUCAAAGAUAACCAACAUACAGGCUUCAGAACAAAACUGCAUGAGUCUAGAAGAAAUGUCCAGGUUUGCACGGGAACAUGGAUUUGAAGUGGAUGAAGACUAUGGUCCAUGUCAGGGUGGACGAAAGAAGGCAGAGGAGGUUCUUGCUGACUUAAGUUGUCACAAUAUCACAGAAUUCAAACAAGUGAUGUUCCCAUUUCAAGGGCCAGCUUGGCAAGAGUAUUCAAAAAUUGAAAAAGAAAGUCUGCGAUUAAAAGAUAUUGGUUGCAAGAACACACUAGACUAUUCUAGGGAAUUAAAUGAGAAAAAGAAGCAGAUUCGUUUAAAAUAUAAAAAUGACAUUACACCUGCAAUGAAAAUAUUUGUGGAAACAAUCCUGGGCUGUGCCAAGGAGGAGCAGCUCUUCUUUCUGCAGUGGAUGAAGCUGAAGCUGGACUCUCUCUCAUCAACAGCUCUACCUGAACUGCGAGAACAGCUAAAAAUGGCAGACAAGGACCUAAAUGAGCAAAAUCAACUCCUUGAAAAGCUAACAAGCAGCUCUCUUGGGCUGGAACAUUUUUUGCGUGAAAUCGGGCAGAUUUAUGAGGCUUUCCUUAUGUGUGAUUCCAGAUUAAAAGAGGACCUGCACCACUUGCCUGCCACAGUUGCAGAAAUACUGCUUGCUGGCUUCCCAGUGGAACUCAUUGAUGGCAACGUCUGUAACAUACCCAUGAGGUGGGUGUCUGACAUUCUGAAUGAAGUGAACAAAAGAACACACCCAGACACUCGCAUAUUUGUCCUUUCUGUACUGGGAGUGCAAAGCUCAGGGAAAUCCACUCUUCUCAACACCCUCUUCGGCCUUCAGUUUGCCGUCAGUGCUGGAAGGUGCACACAGGGGGCCUUUAUGCAGCUGAUCCACGUGGACCCAGAUGUUAAGCCAGAACUUGGAUGUGAUUACAUCAUGGUGAUCGACACAGAGGGAUUAAAGUCUCAGGAAUUAAUGUCUCUGACUGACAACUAUGAACGUGACAAUGAAAUGGCCACCAUGAUAGCUGCAUUAAGUGAUAUCACACUAGUAAAUCUGGCAUCUGAGUCCAGUGCCGAAAUGCAAGACGUUCUGCAGAUUGUCAUCCAUGCAUUAAUAAGGAUGAAAGAAACAGGAAAGAAGCCCAGCAUUUACUUUAUCCACCAGAACGUUGCUGACAUUUCUGCUAAGGAAAUGAAUUUGCUUGGCACCACUCAGCUUCUGAACAGACUGAAUGCUGUUACUCAAGCUGCGGCAAAACAGGAAAAGAAAGAAGGCGUCUACUGUGAAUUCUCUGAUGUGAUUCAGUGUGACCCGGGCAGUGCAAAUAAAUAUAUAGCUGGCCUCUGGCAUGGCGUUCCACCAAUGGCAGCGGUAAAUGUUGGUUACAGUGAAAGCGUAUUUCAACUCAAAAAAGAGCUCCUCAAUUAUAUCAAAGAGCAGAAAAAGAAACAAAAGCCUUCAACAAUUUCAGACUUUGUUAAGUGGAUGGAAGAUGUUUCUGUUGCUGUGAAAUCAGAAGACUUUUUAUUCAGUUUCCAGAACAGUCUUGAGGCGGCUGCAUUUGCUAAACUUGACACUCACUAUCGAAACUGGAUAUGGGAGAUACAGCAGAGGUUCAUGGAAUGGUGGGAAAGGGAGGAAGUGAAAAUUAAGAACUGUGAGGAGCUGGAUGACCUCCUUUCAAAAUUAUCAAUAGAAGUGGAGGAGUUGCGGAAAGAGCAGGAGAACAAAGCUCUUGAUAAUCUCCAGAGUUAUUUUAAGAAGGAUAUAGAUAAUAAACAGUUUAUAGAGAACCACAGGCACUAUUUUGAGACCAACAUCAAAAUCUCCUGCCAGCAGCUUAAAGAUGACAGUUUGAAGAAGUUGGAAACGUCAGCUGAAAACUGGGAAAGGCAGAACAGCGUUCGCAAAAUCCGUAAAUCCUGCGACGCGAACAUCCAACAUAAAGUAAAGGAACUAGUGAAGAAGUGCAAAGAAGAGAAGAAAGAACUUUCUGAUGCAGAGCUCACUCGGAUAUUUGAUGAGAUGUGGAAGGAAACUGUUGGUUUCUUCAAAUAUCCGGAGGAUAAAGUGGACAUUCAGCGAGAUAUGGAAAAAAGCCUUCUGAAUAAUGCUAGUCAGAGGAAGGAUUUGAAGUGGAAACUGAAAGAUAGAAAAUGUGAGCCAAUAGGAGAUGAUGGGUUCAAAGUUCUCCCAGUGCAUUUUAAAACAUUAGAUAAAUCUGGAUUUUCGCUAACAUUGGGAUUCACAUCGACCAGCGUCCAGGAGACAGCCAAUAGCAUUAUAAGAGAAUGCAAAAAAUACAUUGAAGAUCUGGUCGAUAGAGACACAGAUUACGACCCGCAUUACUGCACUGGUGUAAUAAUGAUCAUCGAUAAACAAAUCGAGAAACUUUAUGAUGAAAGGAGGAAGCUCACUGACCAGUUCUACGUUGACCUGAAACUUCAUAUUUGUGCGAUUGCUGUUCAUCAUUUCCAGGAAAUGCACAACAGAUUUCUUCAGAACAAUAAUCUACUGGACAGACUUGAAGAAGAGAAGGCUGCAUACUGCGAGACUCUCAAAGACCUCUACCGGGAAGGAGAUCUCAGUCAAAAGUUAGCAAAACGCUUCUGUUCUUUGUGUCUGAAGCCAUCUCUGAAGAGUGCGGUCCAGCGGCAGCUUUCAAAACAGGUCACCACAAAUAUGAGGGAGAAGUGGAUGCCUUACGUUUUUGACAAUAUCAGUUACUUCCAGCUCGCCCUCCUAGUAAACGUUUACAAAAGAGACAGCUUUGAUGCUUACAAGCACUACAUCACAGAUUAUGACCAAUACGCACUUAACUGGCUAGAGAAACAAGCAAAUGUGUAUUGCAGAACUGUAAUGAAUGGUAAAGUAAGGAUUUUGUCACUGGCAGAGGAGACAACACAGCGUCUUUGUAGUGCAGUUAAGAUGACCCUGACACAAGUCGCAAAAAUAAAUCUGAAUACUGCAGAUGAGUUCCUGCAGAAGUUCAUUUCAGAGCUCGAGUUGAUAAUAGUUAUCCUGAAAGAAAAGCUGGAAGUGGCUAAAUUUGGAUAUGAAGUAAAUGCUGCUGAGUUUAGCAAAGAUCUACAACAAGUAAUGGACACCCUGGAGAAAGAGCUUCUGCAUGAGUUUAGUUCUUGGGACGUGAGCUUUGAAAUAAGGAGUCUCCCCAAUCCCCCUCACAAACAGCUGUUUAGAUUAUUGAGAGGCUGCGGGGAAAAAUGUCCAGCCUGUGGAGCUCCUUGUGAACUGGAAGGAUCCAACCAUGAGCACUACUCUCGAUACCACAGAGUGUUUGCAGUAAAUCAUAUGCCACCAAGAAUGCUGCCUUUCAAAACGCAGUUUAAAAAGCGUUACUCACAAAUCUUUAUGAACUUCGACGAGAGGGCCAUGAACUGCAUCUCAUCGAAAACCCAAGCGACAAGCCGCCAAGGAAGACUGUUAAGAAGAUACAAGUGGGGCAACCUCUACAAGGGGUACACGUCAAUGUACUGGCGAUUUGUGCUCAAAAAGUAUAACCAGCAGUUUGCUGAAUUCUACAACACCAAACCAGUGUACCUGGACAGUAUAUUUGAGAUCACGUGGAAUGAUGUGAGGAAACAUCUUCAGAAGGUGUACCGGGUAAAUCUUGGUGCAUCUGGUUUAGCUCGUUUAAGAAGUAUGAAAUCUCAGAGAACUUUGGACAAUUAUGAACGAGCACCUUCUUUUCAACAGGAUUAAAUAACGACAGAGGUGGCUUUGGGUCUCUGAAUGAGAUAAUCUCACUCCUGCAUUUUUAUAAUUAAAUUAUGGUACCAGGAAUGCAUAUAAUCGGAUGGAAGUAUUGAGUAGAACAUGGAAACUUAAACUUAUCUGUCCGUAUCCAAAUGCCCCAGGUUUAGGACUACCCUGUUAGUUACUGCUCAUUGAUUUACCCACAGACCAGAUCUCAUGGCACCCAUAUGUGAAGCUUCACUGUGUCACCUUUUCCUCAAGACUCAGAAUAGCUUCUUAAUCUGUGCUAAUCACUUUCAUUCUUUCUAUUCUGAUUUGGCCAGUUAAUCAUACCUCUGUGUUUGACAGAACUGCAUCACGCACAGACCUCUCUGCCAGACUGGCAGCCUCCACUGUUCCUGAUGUUAACAACUUUGUGUAACAAUGUUAAUAUAGCUAGUGGAUUCUUGACCGGCCAAUAGGCCAUAAUGCAUGGACCGGGCAAAAGGGUUUAACCAGAAGCAGUUCAUUUCCGAACAAGACAGGUGGCAGUGGUGUUCAGGCCUGAACCCGAUUAGGACACUUGCAGGGUGGCACGGGAGCUGGAGUCCGGAAAUGGGGCCCUGUCUGGGUCUUUGGGGACCACCAGAGGGUGCUGCCUCUGAUUUUUGUACGAUCUGGAAAUGCUCCAGACGACUUGGUCAUGAGACCGCAAGCAGUUCCUGGGUCGACUUUAAAAGAGAGCCUGCCGCCUUACUUAAAUGAGUCAGAGUCGGGAGGCAACGAACAACGCUCUCUUGGAGAUGGAAGGAGAGGAUUGUGUCUUGAUGUAUUUUUACUAGUGUUGUGGAGAGAAAGGUGUUGAUGACAAAUUAAAUCCUUUAUUUGAAACUGGA